ACAUGCUGCAACCUAAACUUCAGAUAAUAUUCAGAUAUAAUUCGUCUAGAUAGAAAAAUAAGAUUUUUAUAAUAUAGACGAGUUGUGUUUUUAUAAUAUGCGUUUAUUUAAUGUCUCAGCUUCCGUGUUACUGUAUUAGAUUUGUAGUGUUAAUGUGCCUUUAAGGACUCUAUCAGCCAACGGGAAAUGUUUGUUUUUUUUCUUGGCGGCCCAAACAAAUGAGUUACACAGCGAGGUGAUGUUAUGCACGUGGAUUGUGUUUUGUUUGCUUGUAUAAUUGUUUUUUAAACACACUUCGAUGCUAUCCGGCUGUUUUAGAUCGCGAAUGCAUGACGCUGGUUAUCUGGCUAGUUUAAACAACGCUGUGUUUUCAAACUACGGCACUGCUAGCUGCGAUAGCUAGCUAGCAUAAUAAAACAUCUGACCGCCUUUUUAUUUAUUAUUAUUAUUAUUAUUAUUAUUAUUUUAGGAAUUCAUAUUCGAAAAAGUGUUAUAUAAAUAAAAUAUUUCUAUUCAGGCGUCAAACAUACGGAUAAGUACAGCUAAGACAGAAAUGUUUUUUGUUGACUAGCCGAAGCCUGUAUUUAUUGUCAUGUUAAAAUCCAUAAGUUACUAUGACAACGCUAGGGAAGUUAACAUCUGUUAGAGUCAGUGAGAUACUAAAUAACUGAGUAUAGAGUAAAUGCUCUACUCAGAAGCGCAGACUUGCCUUGUUUAAACUCUUGAGGUUUUUCCAAGUAGCAGAGGAGAUGAAUGGGAAAGUUAUUCCAUACACCCCUAUGGCUGUGGACUGCUGGCAGCUCAGAAAGUGCAGCCACGUCCGGCUUUUCUUCCUCUCACACAUGCACUCAGAUCACACAUCUGGACUCACAUCCACCUGGAGCCACCGGCCCAUAUACUGCUCUCCUCUCACCGCAAAGCUCCUCACACUCAAACUACAGGUGAAUGAGAAAUGGAUCCGGCCUCUGGAGGUUGGGGAGCCACACAUGUUGCCCCUGGAUGACAUUGGGAAGGAAAAAUUGACUGUUACGCUUAUUGAUGCCAACCAUUGUCCUGGGGCUGUUAUGUUUUUUUUCGAGGGCUACUUUGGUGCUAUUCUUUACACUGGUGACUUUCGGUACACUCCAUCAAUGCUUCGUGAGCCGUGUCUCAGGAACAAUACUACUAUCGAUGUGCUUUAUUUGGACAACACUAACUGUGACCCAACACGUUCAAUUCCCACUCGCCAGCGAGCCUGUCAGCAGAUGAAGGAGAUUAUAAGAAGCCACCCAAACUACACCGUGGUCAUCGGCAUGUAUGCACUAGGAAAAGAGUCUCUGAUUGUAGAGUUGGCACUGGAGUUUAAGACCUGGGUGGAGGUAGAUGUGGAGCGUCUGCAGACACUACGGUUGCAGGAGCUGCCUGAUGUGUUCAGCACAGAGCCCGGCUCGGGGCGUUUCCGUGUCGUUGCUCAAUCCGAGAUCACUGCGUGCAAUCUUUUGGCCUGGAAUAAGGAGCAUCCUACCAUCGCCAUACUGCCCACCAGCCGCCCAGUGGUCUCCUGUCACCCUAAUGUCCACGUCGUGCCCUACUCAGACCAUUCCUCCUACCAGGAGUUGGAGGACUUUGUUUCAGCUUUGCGUCCUCUCUCUCUGGUGCCAAUUGUGGGCAGCUGUAUGCCGAACUUCUCUCAUUUCUGCCGACGCAAGAAGCGACACGAGGUGAUGAUACCCGAAUCAGUACAGCACUACAUGAGGUCAAAGCCUAAUAAUCAGCCGUUUACUUUCAGAAGAAACAUUCAUCAUCAUUCUUUGCACACAGUAGUUCAAGGGGUUGUGUUCGAGUCACCUGGAAAAAAUCCCAGCCUCAGUAGCCAUAAUGCUGAUGAAGAUUCAGAUGCUGUGGAGGCAGACUUUGAUUUCGAACUAGAUGAAAACUCUGACUGCAUUCUGUUAGACAUGAGCACAGACCUUGUGCAUGAUGUUAAUACUCAACACCCUAAGAGUUUGAUUCGGAUCAUGUCAGAGGAUGAAACCACGAUUGACAGUCUCCCUCUAGAUGAGACCGAUUCCCCCGUUUCUCUUAAAGGAUCAACGUCACUUUAUAAUAAUAGCACCAGCAGAGCCACAGCUUUUCCCUGUGACAGAGUCACUGCUGUGACCCACAACCAAAGUCCCAGGAAGAAGAGCCCUGAAAUGGGAAACAUUAACUCCAGAGUGAUGUGCUCAUCAAUGGACAGCAUUAGUCUUCACGACAGCAGUUGUGUAAUUACUUUAGCAGCUUUAACACCAUCUGAAACACAUCCUGAUUCAUCAGAAGCAUUCGAUACAGUCGACAGAGAGAAAGCCGAGCAAUGGCUUCUCAACAACUUCACUAUUCCAGAGGAAGAACUCACAUGUCAAUACGGAGUCGUUCGAGGCCUACACGAGGUGUAUCCACUCACGCCAAUCAAUAUGCCAAACGCUGAGGGUGAUCUAUUUGAGGCUGCAAUACAGAGAUUCAAAUCCAAAUAGGUAUCUAAAUCAUUUAGGACAGGGGUCUCUUUGAUUUCAGUGAAAACCUGAAGCCCUUUCCUGAUAAGACUGUACACCUCCAUUUACAACACGGACAAUAGCGUAUAAGAUAAUAAGAGUGAAACAUGCAGUUGAAAAGUGUGUGUGAACGUGAUGUUAAUGUAACGUGAUGUGUUUUAUUAAGUAUACCCACCGUUUGCCUUCUUUAAAUCAGAUCUUGAGAAAGCUAAGGAAGCAGAACUUUUUUCUUCUGCUUAAUCCACAGUAACAGCCACUACACUCUCUUCAGUUUUCCAAUACAACUUGCUUCAUUUACAGUUAUUUGCAUCAAGUUGUAAAACUCUUCUCUAGCGUGUUCAGUAUUUUUCUGCUUAUUAUGGUAUAGUAUUAUGUAGCACUUUAAACCAUGUUCCUUCCUACUGCAGAAUCUUGUAUUGAGUUCUUGUUAUAUAUCAAACCAAAUCCAUUAUGUGUCUUGUUAUUAUGCCUAAGUGAGUGUAACUGAUUGUCUUUUUAAAAGUAUGGAAACCAUUAUUGUAUUAAAAAAUUAAGAAAUAAUUUUACGCUUUGGCUGUUUUAUAAGUUGUUUGCUGUAACAAUGUUUUUGUAAAACCUCAUUUUGGAAUUGUUAUAAAACUAUCUUAGAUUUUUGGUUGUCAUUUGGUCACAUCAUCAAUAUUAGAGGAGUAUUACAGUAUGUUGUUUGCGUGUAUUGUAUUGUGUUGUAUACUGUAUGAUUUACAGAUGUGUUUUGACACUGAAAUAUAUUUUAAUACCUGAAUUGUGAUUUCUUAGAGUGAUGCUUUUAAAUUCAUGUUCAGGUUCUAGUGAAUCAAAUUUGAACUCAUCAUUAACAUGGAAAGGAAAGUUAUUUAAUUCAUCCAUUCAUUCAUCUUCAGUAACCGGUUUGUUUGUCCUGGUAACACUGGGUGCAAAGAUGAUAGGAUACCAGUCCAUCAAACAGACAGUCCACCUAACUGUAUGUUUGUAGUCCAUCUGGGGAUAUGCAGAACUCCACACUGCCCCUAUAUAAUACUGUAGUGAUGUUAUAUACAGUAUUUAAGUAAAUUUCUUGUAGGCACAGUGGCUUAUUGCCUCAUGCCUCCAGUGUUGAGGGUUAUAUUCCUGCCCUGUUCUGCAGUUGCAUUUACUUUUAUGGCAUUUGGCAGGUGCCCUCUUUAUCCAGAUUGACAGAUUGACUUUAAUUCAGUGUUAUUAAAAUGUUCUAUCAGCUACACAAGGAAAGUGUGGGAGAAAAUGCAGAAAUAAGCAAAAUGAAUGUUAUUUUUCUAUUCAUGGUUGUUUUUUCCAACUAAUUUAGUUGAGAAGUCAAUCGUAAAGUUUUUAGUAAUGAGAGAAAUAAAUGAUUGUUUUGCAAAAUAAAUAAUAUGAUCAAGAA